UCAACAGAACGUUUUUCUGAAAACCAGCAGAGGAAGCGAAGGAGGAGCUCAGCUGGAUCUCAUCCAUGUACGGACAAUGUCUCUCUCUCUCUCCCUCUCCCCUCCUCUCUCCCUCUCUCUCUGUUGCAGGGUGGUGCAUUCAAAAUAACGAGUGGUCGACAGGAUCCUACGGACGAGGACAACUUUGCGAACCUUUCUGCAGAGAAGAGAAAAAGGUGAUGGCAGUAGCAAUCUCCAGGGAUCUGACGGUGCAGGUGCUUGAGGAUGUAAAUGCGGUCAAGCUUUCUGACAGACAGCAAGCCCUGCGUGCUGCCGUCCAGAGAGGAGAGCCCAAAUAUCUGGGGGUGAGUCAGGUAAUGCUGGGGCUGAUGGUCAUGUCCUACUCCAUUCCCCUGCACCUCACUGAGCUCACUGAGGUUGUCACCCUGGGAGUUCCCUGGUGGAGCGGCCUCAUGUUCGUCACAGCAGGAAUUGUUGCGAUCAACUUGGACAGAAACUGCACCAUGAAGACUCUGCAUUUGUGUUUGUUUGUGAGUGUGGUGUCCACUGUGCUGUCAGUGGCGGCUGUGAUCAUCUACUCUGUGGACAUGGACAAGAACCCUGCUGUGGCCUGCGUCAAGGUGAUUCAAGACGACUGCAGUGUGAAAGACUGGGCCCAGAGGCUGAGCAGAGGAGUGAAGUCGUUCCUUCUUCUCUUCACCCUGGCCCAAACAGGCAUCUCAGUUGUUUUCAGCUUCCUUCUCUUCAGACAGAGAUACAACUUCUGGCAGUAUGCUUCUCUCACUCGUACUGCUCCUUCCACCCCCGAAGCUCUCAUGCCUCCAAACCUGCAAUGAUCAUUCACUGGAGCAGUAGAGGUGAGGGAUGACGUCUCAUCAGGGCGACUGAUCAGCUGUCAUCAUGUUGGGAUGUCGAUUGAACAUGUUUCCCAGUUGUUCACAUUGUGUUUGUCUACUUGUCUGCCUGUGACUUAUCCACUGUGCUUCCUGAAAUGUUGUGGAGCUCAGGAGCUUCUCUUUUCAAAUGUCUCUUGUUCUUAUUAUUCUCAAGGUAUGUCAAUAUCUGAAUAUUAGACUUUCUGUACUUUUAAACCAAAUAAUACCGAACCUCAAUCAACUACAUAGCUUUAUUACGAAAUUAAGAAAGUAUGAAUAAUAAAACCUAUAAACAUUGGCUGAAUGUUUCAAAUACGACCCGUUAACAAAUGAAUGAAAGGGACAAGAGGAAAGGUAGAAAACAUGUAGUCUGAUCAAGAGAAUCGUGUUGUGAACCUUUUCUGGCCAUGAAAUGUGAAAAUAUAUCCUGUGAAGUGAGGCAAACUGUCUGAGUGGACCAGGAUGCAAAGGGCAGCCAUGUGUAAAGAGCAUUACAGGGACCUUGUGUGCCCUACAUUGAACCAAACCGACCGCCUUCCCCAAAGAAACACAUGAUACACGAUGGGAAUUCUAGUCUUCAAUAAAACAAAUCCAAUUAAAGAGCUUCUAGCAGAAACUGAUUGAUAUUCUAAUGGGAGAUUUGCCAGGUAGUAAGAGAGAGCAGUUCUCUGCAGAGGAAACACUUCCACUUUGGGAAAGAGUAGAUCUCUGUGUGUGUAACAAGCAGGUGCAAACUGUCUUUAAAAAUACUGCACCACUAAAUUCAGAACUGUUUUUUGUUUGUCAGUUACACAAUUCUUUUCAAGAUAAGCGAUGUACCUGACAACAAGGCGUUUUAACGACGGGGAAAUGAAAACACUCCAGGUGCGUCAGGUGUAAACUAGAGUCCAUGUAACUGCUACAAACAGUGCUCACAGGUCGUCUAAAUACUGACUUGAUGAGAGGAAGCCGUGCAAUGGAUCAUCAAAAACACCCAACAGAUUCUCUGCAUGUGACCCAGAGACCUUUCUACAGAAACAAAUCUCACUGUAUGUAAGAAGCCUCACUGCACUCCCAUUGCUGCUCUUUGCUUCAUGUGCCCACGCAGGAAGAGAGCCCUCUGACCUGCCUCCUGUUGAUCUGAGCAUGUUUUUCUCACAUUUUAAAUUGAUGUGUGCACAAAGUAUACCGUAACAUGUGCACUGUUUGUUUGUUUUUAUUUAGUCUACUUUAACACUGUGUUAAGAUAUGCUCAUUAAUUGUGUUCUAACUCUGAUAAAGUUUGCAUUAUUUUAUAUAAAAUAAAAUCAUAUAUACAUAUGGAUUAAA